AUGUCAGGUGAAUCUGAAGUUAUUGGUUCGGGUGGGGGUUCUCCUCCUCGUGGUAAUAAUAAUAAUGAUGAAAGUACAUCUGAUAGUAAUAACUAUGUUGCUAGACCUCCAACAUUCAACGAAGACUCCACUGAAUUCGAAUGGUGGAAAACCAAGAUGCACACUCAUAUCAUAGGUAUUGAUGAUAAUUUAUGGGACAUCUUGGAAGAUGGUAUUAACAUUCAAGUUAAUAGUGUUGGAAUGAUAUCUGAUAGGAAAUAUCUCACACCUUCUCAGAAGAAGUUAUACAUAAAACACCAUAGAGUAAGAGGUAUCUUUGUUGAUGCUCUACCUCAUUAUGAGUAUAUCAAAAUCAUUGAUAAAUCCACAACUCAUAAUAUCUUUAAAUCCACGUGUGUUGCAUAUGAAGGGAAUCAUGAUCAACAGGUUCGGGAAGCUAAGGCUAACGUUUUGGUUCACAGAUAUGGGUUGUUCAAGACGAAGGAUGAUGAAGACAUUGAAAGCAUGUUAUCUAGGUUUAAAAUUCUUGUGUCUGGUCUUCAAGUGCUAUACAAAAGCUAUACUAGCUCUGACCACAGUCUUCUUGUCAAAUUCAGACCCAAGGUAACAACUAUCCAGGAGGCUAAAGACUUAAACACAUUAAGUCUUGAAAGUCUUAUAAAAAAUCUCCAAAGUCAUGAGAUGGAUCUUAAUGGAUAUGAACCUUUCAAGAAGUCAAAGUCUCUUGCCUUGAAAUCUUUUGAAAAAUUUGCAAAGGAUAUAAAGAUCUGGAACUCUAAAGAAGCUUCUCAAUCAGAAGCUUUUGAAGAAGAUUCGAUAGUCAUGAGAUGA